CAGCGUCAUGGCACCAUUUCUUCUUGUCCACAGCUGGAAGGAUGCACAAGAAUUUGUUCUCCCAUCCAUCCAUCCCUCUCUCUCCUCCCAUUAUUUUAUGUACAUGUUGCACCUCCUCCUCUACUGGUUGGAAGAAGCUCUCAAACCCCUCUCCUCUCCUCUCCUCCUCCACCUUUCUCAUCGAUCUCCUCCUUCAUAGCUUGCCGUCCUCUCUUCUCCUCCUCUCCCGGCCAUCGCCUUAUCACACAUACAUCAGUACAUGAGCUAGAGGAGAAGCAUGGCAGGCCUCGACCUUGGCACCGCCGCGACGCGCUACGUGCACCAGUUCCACCACCUCCACCCGGACCUCCAGCUGCAGCAGAACAGCUACGCCAAGCAGCAGCACGAGCCCGCCGACGACGACCACAACGGCAACGCCAACGGCAACUACGGCGGCCAGUACGGCGAGAACAACGACGGCGGCUCCUCCUCCUCCGGCCCGGCCGGUGAUGGCGCGGGUGGCGGCGGCGGGGGCGGGCCUGGGGACAUGGUGGCGCGCCGCCCACGGGGGCGCCCCCCGGGCUCCAAGAACAAGCCCAAGCCGCCGGUGAUCAUCACGCGGGAGAGCGCUAACACGCUGCGCGCCCACAUCCUGGAGGUCGGCAGCGGCUGCGACGUGUUCGAGUGCAUCUCCACGUACGCGUGCCGGCGGCAGCGCGGCGUGUGCGUGCUGAGCGGCAGCGGCAUCGUGACCAACGUGACGCUUCGGCAGCCGUCGGCGCCCGCGGGCGCCGUCGUGACCCUGCACGGCAGGUUCGAGAUCCUGUCGCUCUCGGGAUCUUUCCUGCCCCCGCCGGCCCCCCCUGGCGCCACCAGCCUUACCAUAUUCCUCGCCGGGGGCCAGGGGCAGGUCGUCGGCGGCAACGUCGUGGGCGCGCUCUACGCCGCGGGCCCCGUCAUCGUCAUCGCCGCGUCAUUCGCCAACGUCGCCUACGAGCGCCUCCCGCUGGAGGAUGAGGAAGCGCCGCCUGCAACGGCCGGCAUGCAGAUGCAGCAGCCAAGCGACGCCGACCCGGCGGCCGGCAUGGGCGGCGUCUCGUUCCCUCCCGACCCGUCGGCAGCCGGCCUGCCCUUCUUCAACCAGCUGCCUCUCAACAACAUGACCGGCGGUCCCGGGUCGCAGCUGCCGCCUGGUGCCGACGGCCACGGCUGGGCCGGCGGACGGCCACAGUUCUGAAUUCUGACAGGUGCUUGGGAGAUCGGUGUAAUUGCUGUCGGAGGAGAGAAGGCAAGAUCACGAUGAGCAACCACAAGGGUUCAAGGCAGUUUGCAAAAAAGGUUAGCGCACGCACGCAUGAACGAUCCAAGGAAACAAAAUCUAUCGUCUACUGCACUAUUUCUAUAUCUCUGUACAAUUUCGUAGUGUUUUGUCGAUCUCUGAUCAUGUUGUCCUCCUUGUUCUUUUCUUCUUCUUCUUUUAUUUUCUUUUCUUGUCUCUCCUGAACCUUAAUCUAUGGCCUGUGUAACCUUCUCGAUCUUGAUUUUCAAUAUGGCUUUAAAUAAUUAUCCCUCAA